AUGGCGCUCUCUAUCUACAUCGACGAGGACGUCGGUCGCGACGACGCCUCGGCCACAGGCACCGAGUCCGCCCCUUAUAAGACCCUCCUGCACGCCUUUGUGCAGCAUGCCCCCACGACCGAGGGUAUUCAGUACCUGACCCGCAAGUCCCAGACCGACGCCGCCGGCGAGAACGUGGAUCCUGCCGCCAAGCUGGAGUGGAAGCCGGCCACCAAAUCGGCCAUGAAAAAGGCCACCAACCUCUACGAGCAACGCAAAAAGAAGGCUGCCAAGGAGCAGGAGCUCGCCAUUCGCGAAAAGGCCGAGGCCGACAAACGUCAGAAGGUUCUGGAGGAGGCCAAGAAGGUCGUCAUCACCGAGGACGCCUCCUUGCCCAAGCCCAUCCGUAUCCGUCUGGACGAGACCGACCCGGCCAAGGUCCAGCUGCGCACCCCCGAAUCCGAUACCCCCGGUACUCGUGUGCGCGUUCUUGGCCGUGUGCACCGUAUGCGUGCUCAGAAGGACUACGUCUUCAUCACGUUGACCGAUGGAUAUGGAUACCUGCAAUGCAUCUUGACUGGUGACCUGGUCAAGACCUACGAUAUCAUGACUCUGACCCUGGAGACCUCCAUCGCGAUUCACGGUGAGAUGCGCGCUGUUCCCCCCAAGCAGCACGCUCCCAACGACCGCGAGCUGCACGCCGACUUCUUCACGAUCAUUGGCCGUGCCGCAGGUGACAAAGAGGCCAUUACCACGCGUGUGGCGCCGGACGCCGACCCGCAGACCCUCUAUGACAACCGGCAUCUCGUGCUCCGUGGUGAGACCUCCUCCUCGGUGAUGAAGGUCCGCGCUGCCACUCUGCGCGCUUUCCGCAAGGCCUUUGAGGAGAACCGCAUGUUGGAAGUGACCCCACCCGCGAUGAACGCCUACCUGACCCAGUCCUCGCAACUCUACCUCGAGACCUGUCUCCCCUCGCUGGGUGACGUCUUCUGCGUGUGUCCCUCCUUCCGUGCCGAGAAGUCUCUGACCCGUCGUCACUUGUCCGAGUACACCCACAUCGAGGCCGAGCUCGACUUCAUCACCUUCACCGAUCUUCUGGACCACCUCGAGGCAAUGAUCUGCCGCGUCAUCGAGCUGCUGCUUGCCGACCCCGAGGCCUCCAAAUACAUCGCCACUCUGAACCCCGACUUCAAGCCCCCCUCGCGUCCCUUCAAGCGCAUGAAGUACUCCGACGCCAUUGAGUGGCUCGUGGAGCACAACAUUCCCAACGAGGAGGGUGAGCCCCACAAGUUCGGCGAUGAUAUCGCCGAGGCAGCCGAGCGCAAGAUGACGGACAUUAUCAACCAGCCUAUCUUCCUGACACACUUCCCCGCCGAGAUCAAGGCCUUCUAUAUGAAGAAGGACGAGAGUGAUCGUCGGGUCACCGAGAGUGUGGACGUCCUCAUGCCCGGUGUCGGUGAGAUUGUCGGUGGUAGUAUGCGUAUGGAUGACUGGAACGAGUUGAUGGCCGCCUAUAAACACGAGGGCAUGGACCCUAGCCCUUACUACUGGUACACUGACCAGCGCAAGUACGGCACUUCCCCCCACGGAGGCUACGGUCUGGGUCUGGAGCGUUUCCUGGCCUGGUUGUGCGCCCGUUAUACUGUCCGUGACUGCUCUCUGUACCCGCGCUUCACUGGCCGUUGCACUCCUUAG